AUGGUAAAGUGGAGCCCAUUAUCAACAUUGGAUACAUUGAACGGUUCAGUAGUGGUGAAGGGAGUGAUGGGCCAACUAUUGGACGUUUUAUUGAAUCGUCGAAACAUAUCGUAUGACAUAAUUAAAAGUGAACUCAAUUUCGGGACUCCAUUACCCAAUAAGUCGUGGACAGGAAUGAGUGGUUUUGUGCAGCGAAACGACGCCGACAUUAUGUUAGGUCCGCCGCUAAUGAAUGUCCAACGAAUGCAAAUAAUGGACUUCUCGGCCCCUCUAAUGGUCGACAAGAUAAGCAUUUUGAGUCACUUCUCCAAAACAAAUCCUUCAUUUGAUUACUUAAGAGGAUUUGAUUCAUUCGUUUGGAGUUUUUCUGCGGCAGAAAGUAAUGAUUCGGAGAUCAAUGAAUUUGAGAGACUUAUAGGAAAGAAAAUGAUUCAAGUGAUGGAAAAUGAGAGCUCCAGUGACGACCAGAUCACACAAUUAACAGCGAGAAAGUUGGCUUACGUUACGUCUGAGAGCAGACUAAUAGCCAUAUCUAUGAAUAUCUGUAAGAGAAGAUCGCAGACAGAGCUAUACAUAGGGAACGAGAAAAUGCAUUUCAUGCCACGAGCUCUGGGACUCUCCAAGAGUCUCGACACACGUAUUAAGCGUAAUAUCGAUUCCGACAUAUUCUGGAUUCACAGCACCGGUAUAUUCAGCCUAUGGAUCCGGAGGUCCAUUAAUGACACUCUCUUAAAGUGCAUUAAAACAGAUGAAAGUGUUAUGCGAAAUAAUAAUGACAUUAUGUUUACAUUGAAUUUGUUGACAACACUGUUUAAAGUAAUGUUUUGUAUGUUUUAUUUAUCGUUUGUUGUACUG